ACAAAUGUACGUUUCAUAAAACAUGUGACGUUAAAAACGCUAAGUGUAAGAAUAACAUACGAUAUUGGAGAAGGUUUACGUUAAUCGCUUAAAGUUUUAUUAACAACACAAAUGUUCAGAUUAUUGUGCUUAUUAUUUAGAUUACAGAUAGCAAACUAUGCGGAGACCGAGUUUAAAUAUAGCCUAUCGUGAUACAUCGACUAUCUCCGGAAAUUGUUAUAUGCAAUAAAUCGUCAGUUGAUCUAGAGUGUAAAUAUAGCGAGCCGAAAACUCACGGAAACGAUUUUGCAUUCACAGGGAAUAGUGUUUACAAAUCUAGCCGUUUUCUGAAAACGAUGUUAGGAGAAUACAAAGUGUCUUGCACCGGUCUUAAUAACGUGCUGUUUGACUUGUACCGGUCUAAAGAAAUUGUUGUUUUACGGAUUUAAAGCGCGUUCACCGAUAAAACAAAGCAAGUUCCUUAUCCCACAACAAAGCCAGCGAAUGGCGCCGAAGAGACCUACAGAGCGUCAGUGCAUGAGGGAUUGGUUAAUAGACAAGUUGGAGUCGGGCGAGUUCCGGGGUCUGCGCUGGCGGGACCGGAAGGAGAAGAUUUUCAGCAUCAAGUGGUUCCAUGGUUCCCGGCACGGCUAUAGCGAGAAAGAGUCGGCUGUGUUCGAAGCUUGGGCAGUACAUACUGGACGUCGAGAUAACAGCGACGCCAGACGGUGGAAAGCCAACUUCCGGUGCGCAAUAAAAUCACUGAAGGCCAUCCAAGAGCUUGACAGUUCCAUUACCAAAGGCCAGAACGCUGUUAGAAUCUUCCGGUUCCUUGAUACUCCCGCACCUAGGAGGCGCGCUAACAACCAGAACUCGCGGAGUACUGAUAGCGGCCAUAGUUCCGGUCCUUUAGACAAAUCACCGACGAACAGCCACGCUGACUCUGGGAUUUUUGACGAAAGUGACGAAACCAAUGACGCCAGCACAUCUUGUGCGGAUGGCGAUAUUGUCACGAAUGAGACCAAUGCUGCCGUAACCGAGCCUUUUGUUACUGGCAACAACGGAUGGCCGACAGAUCCCGUAACAAUUGCAACGCAUGCUAGCCCUUCCCCUGUGGCCCAUACGAGUUAUAAUGCGGUCUCUACAAACGCGGCGUUUACAUCUGCAAGUAUUUGCAACGACAAAUACAACGCCGAAUAUCACACCGCCGGACAUGACGUCGGAGACUUUGACGUCACAGGAAGUUACGUUUCUACGGCAUUACCGAUGUUUGAGGAGAUUUGUCCUGGCAUUACAAAAAUAGAUGUUUCCGAACGGAGAUCGAAAGCUGUGACGUCAUUUCCGAUAUAUGAGUAUGGAAAGGACCACAUCAUUCGUCGCCAUCUUUGCGGAUUCAAAGUGGAACUAGGUUGCGCGGCGCCUCUAGCGACGACAGCAAUCCCUGUGUCGUCAUCACACUCGCAGCCGGAUGUGAGUUCAUCCAUGGAAACGGUUGGAGGUUAUGACAAAUCAAGCGACGACGAUGAAUCCCAGUCCAGUCAGGCGCCAGAAGCUGACAUUGAUCUGACCUAUGUUGCCAAUGAAAUCAUCAUCUAUCAUUCGUAGCCGACAUCUGCAUUACAAUGUUGUCACGUGAUAUCCUGUAGACAUGUGACAAGGUUAUCGGCUAGUGAACAAUACCCACAUAACAUUGCUGAUACUUCUUCAAUGUUUUUGUAUGUAAAUAACUAGUAGUUUGUAAAUCUUUGUUAUUGAUGUGCCAUAGUUUUGUUGAAUGUUUCCAUCACAUUAGUUUAAUCAUGUUUAGAUUGUUAUUUUUAUUACGUUGUUAUUUCGGGUUUUCAUUGACUCGAUAUUUUUGAACGGGUGGGGAAUCUCUUAAUCAUGGUUCUUGAAUAUCAAAUGACAGAUGCACAUAACUUUACACUUCUGUUUCGUGUACAUGAUGCUUUGUUGGGCCCCAAUUUCUUCACACAAUCAUAAUUUCACAUCUGUGCAUAUUGAGAUAUUAUUGUUCAUAGAUCAAACUGUUCAUAUUUAGAUUAUCGGCAUGCGGCAAAGUUGCAUAUUGCCUAUAUAUGUUUUUAGUUACACGUUGAUAUUAUUCUGCUUUCCUUACUCACGGAUCUCGAAUUACAUCCAUUACAAGCGUAAAAAGUGAUCGUACAACACCUUUAUUGUAGCUGCAAAAAUAAUAUUAAUACUAUUUGAGAAAUUCCUCGUCUUUUCCUUGCGGGUCAAGUGAAAUCCCUGUUAUGUUGUUUUUAUCACUUCUAUUGGUGCAUUUAUUAUCGCUGUCGGCAUUUUCUCUGUACAUGUACAUAUAUCACUCAUCGGGCAUUUAAAUAAAAUGUUGCAUAUUUACAA